AUGUCACCACGGGAUGGCCGUGAAAGGCCCGAGGGCCUCUCUAAAUACUUCGAGCGCAUGAGGAACGUCUUUCGUCCUCGGUCAGGGUCUAAGCGACAUUCUCUCACUCCUCAGGUUACUGCUCCACCUGGAACCCCACCAAUUCCAACACCAGCACAAGCAGCAUCACAAGAACCCACAGAGGCUCCAACUCCAGCUACAGCACAAGCGCAAGGGUUCAGCGUUUCCCAGCCAGUCACGAUUACCAACUAUAGCUUCACACAAAAUGACAAAGCGCGAGCUCUCUUCGCCAAAUACGGCCUGACUCUCGACCCAGCCGUCUGGGGAUCCCCGCCCGACCACCAACUAAAGCGAGUAGCAAAACCAAUCCGCAUGCGAGUUCGUCGCACCUGCCACCGCUGCGAGACAACCUUCGGAGCAGACAAACUCUGCAUCAACUGCCAGCACACCCGCUGCACAAAAUGUCCCCGCCACCCAGCCGCCCGCACUACCGAAGGCGACCCAUCAACCCGCAAGUCGAAAGCCCCAGAGAUCAGCAUCCCUCAGCCCCGAAUGCUACCCAGAGCGCCAUACCUCAAGAUUUAUGGCGACAUCAACUUGCCACUGAAGAUGCCGUCAUACAUGUACGGCCAGGACCACGUUUACAAGCCAGUGCGCCAACGUAUCCAUCGCUUCUGUCACCUCUGCGACUCAGCCUUUACCCCAGACCAGAAGUCUUGUCCUGCUUGCAGCCACGUUUGUUGCAAGAAGUGUCCGCGGGACCCAGCGAAACUGGAUAAAUAUCCAGAUGGGUAUCCCGGUGAUGCAGAUCCGCCUAGAGCGAGACCUGACCGUACGUUCAAGAAACCUCGUCGCAGGGUUCAUUAUGUCUGUCAUGUCUGUGAAACUUGGUAUCAGGGUGGGCCGGAGCCCGUUUGCCGUGAAUGUGGUCAGAAGAGGUGUUUUGCGAGUAUACGAAUUCCAUCCCACAAAGUCAAACCAGAACCGGAUCCUGAGGUUGUCAAAAUCCUCGAAGACAGGCUAGCAGGUCUGGCCAUAUCACAAGCACGCGCUCCAAACCCAGUCACCGAAGCAGGAGCUUGCGCUUAG